AUGGCAGAACAGGCGAUCACACAGGGCGCGAUCAGGAGCAUCUUCGAGCCCAGCGGUUGCUUCGUCGAGCACCCUGUCCUGCAAUGCGUGCAGAUCAAGACCAUGGAGCCCAAGGCGGGCGAUGCGAACCCAGUGCAACGCUUCCGUGUUGUGCUGAGCGACGUCCGCAACUUCAUUCAGACAAUGAUCGCCACCACUGCGAACGAGAUCGUCACAUCCGGCAAGCUCAAGAAGGGUUCGAUAGUCAGGCUGCUGAAGUACAACCCUCAGCAGGUCAAGGACAAGAACAUCCUGAUCAUCAUGGAGCUUGACGUCCUCUCAGAGUACGGCGAACUCGACAAGAUCGGCCAGCCCGAGGCACUCGACAUGAAGCUCAAGCAGGAGCAGCCUGCUUCCAUCUCAGGCAACAACUUCUACGGCAACAAGCCUGCGCCCGUGCCUGCGCCCCAGCAGCAGCAGAGGUCGCUUCCUGUCCACCAGAGCAACCCGAGCACAUCCACACACCCACACCUCUAUCCAAUCGAGUCUCUCUCGCCGUACGCGCACAAGUGGACCAUCCGCGCUCGAUGCACACACAAGGGCGAGAUGAAGGAGUGGCACAAUGCAAAGGGCACCGGCAAGCUUUUCAGUGUGAACCUGCUGGACGACACUGGCGAGAUCCGCGCGACCGCAUUCACCGAGGUUGCUGAAAGGCUCUACCCGAUCUUUGAGGAGGGCGUCGUGUACUACAUCUCCGCCCCUUGCCGAGUCACACUUGCAAAGAAGCAGUUCUCCAACCUGCCCAACGAUUACGAGCUGCAGUUUGAGCGCGACACCGAAGUUGAGAAGGCAGAGGACCAGGACAACAAGCCCCAGAUCCGCUUCAACUUCACCAAGAUCGGUGAUCUGAACUCUGUGGAGAAGGACACCACCAUCGACACAAUCGGUGUGCUCAAGGAGGUUGGCGAGGUGUCUACCAUCACAUCGAAGAACACCAACAAGGACUUUUCCAAGCGAGAACUGACCCUCGCCGAUGACAGUCAAACAUCGGUGCGGCUCACCAUCUGGGGCAAGACAGCAGAGAGCUUCGAGGCGCCACUCGAGUCGAUCGUGGCCUUUAAAGGCGUCAAGGUUAGUGACUUUGGCGGUCGAAGUCUGAGUCUUCUCAGCUCUGGGUCCAUGAUGCUCGAUCCCGAUAUCGACGAGGCACACAAGCUGAGGGGGUGGUUCAAUGCUGUCGGCCAAAACGCGACAUUCUCUACUCACCAGAACCUGUCAUCAACCUCUGGUGGUCAGAAGAACGACGCCAAGCUCAUCUCCCAAAUCGUCGAGGAGGAGUCGUACCUUGGGGAUCAGCCUGCUUACCUGAGCUUAAAGGCUUCAGUUGUCUAUGUCAAGAACACAACUUUUGCAUACCCUGCGUGCUCUACACCUGGCUGCAACAAGAAGGUAAUCGAGGAGAACCCCGGAUCAUGGUGGUGCGAGAAGUGCCAGGCUUCGUUCCCCGAGCCACAGUACCGCUACGUGCUCAGCAUCAAUGUUGCAGACCACACUGGCACUCUCUGGUUGAGCUGCUUCGAUGAGGCUGGACAGAUGAUUGUCGGCAUGUCUGCCAACGAAGCGAUGAAGAUCAAGGAAGCAGACGAGGAGAGCAACACCACAGCGAACCUCAUGAACAUCAUGCAGGACGCGACCUGCAAGACCUUCAACUUUAGAGUGCGGGCAAAGAUGGAGACAUACCAGGAUCAGCCCAAGCCUCGCUACCAGGUGUUGAACAUCUAUCCGCUGAACUACGCCCAAGAGGCCAACAGGCUUGCAGCGCUCAUCAAACAGUACGACAUUGACGACAACAGCAACAGUCUGUUCGUGAGCUAG